AUGACUGGAUUACCGGAGGAAAAUGAUGAUGAAGAAGCGUUUUCUGCAGUUCAUUCUUCAACACCUAGUAUUAAUUCGCAAUCUUAUGCGAUUCCUAUAACAGAGGAAAUGUGCAGCUCCUUCCAUGAUUCUAUCAGCACCAGUAGCAACUCCAGCAGCAGUAUCGCUAGUUAUGGAAGUGGAGUCUCAGACAUUGUUGAGACAAACGAACUGGAAAGUGAAUCGAAUGUUGAUGAUGAUUUGUUCUUAGAUAAUGAUAUCCCUCAAACAAAUAAUAUACUGCUCGCAGAAGCUCAAGAUCCUAGUCCAAUAUUUGACGUUUCUAGGUAUGUUUUUGACUCUCUUAAACAAUCCAUCGAUUGUACAGAUUUCUCGGAAGCGCUUUCCUUACAAACCAAGACUUCUGCCAUUAUAAACUCGAAAAGUUUAGAACUUAAACAAUAUGUUGAUGAAAUGGAGGUCAGAUUGAAUCGAUUGCAAGAGAAGUUUGAAAGUGGUGUAGCCACAUCGAGAAAAAUAAAACAUAAUUUAGAAACUUCCAGAAAGAAUAUCGACUAUUUAAACUCUGCUUUGCGAAUUGAUUUUCCAAUAGAAUUCAACCAGGCAAAGGAAAAAAUACUUGAACGCAAAUUAAACGAAGACAACGAUUGA